UGGGCCUCUGGCGCGCCGGUGCGCUGCGCCCUGGGUCAGAGUGGAGGAGAGUCGGGUCCCCAGGCUGAGACCCACGCUUCUGGCAGCUCCCGGGGCUCGAGCGGCAGCGCCUGGAGGCGGCCUCAGGGUCACUCUCACCCCAGUCUUUUGCCGCCUUCUUGUUCGGUUUUAUCAGCCCUCAGUGAACUCGACUCCGCUGACCCGGGAAGGGCGCGAUUAGGGUUCUGGCAACUGAGUGGGGCAGACCGCAGAGGUGUCUCUCCGCUUGGGGCCUAUAGCCCUGCUGCAUUCAUUCAUUCAGCCAGCAUUUGCUGAGCCGCUUCCCAGCUCUGUGCCAGGUGCCGGAGAUCCAACAGGGGCAGGACAGGCAGGCCCCUUCCCUCCUGGGCCUCACAGCCCGGUUGGGAAGCCCAGGGAACUGGCAAGAUCUUGCAAUCAGACAGUACUGAGGAUGUGAGGAAUUAACUCGGGCCUUGGAGUGGUGAUCAGGAGAAGAGCUCGUGAGGUGGUCAGGGUGGUUCUGCCUGAGCUGACCCGUCAGCCAGGAGUGCUCCAGGCUGCAGGAGGGAGAAGGCCUGAGGUGGACAGAGCUGGACACCAGGCUGGGCUCUGUUCAGUAGAAAGCAUUGAACAGCCAGGAGUGUGGAAGAGGACAGAGUGUGGAAGAGGUCAGGGGUCCAUGGAAGGGAAGAAUGGCUUUUAUUUUAAGUAUGGCCAGGAGCCAUAGAAUGGUUUUAAGGGUUGGAGGAAAGCCUGAAUUGCUCCGUAGGUUAUGGUGGGCACAGCCCCUCAUCCUGGGUCCACCCAAAGGAAUCAGUCACCUGGAAGUGCUUAGGCAGUUCCAGGUGUUCCUCCAGGCACCUGUAUUCCAGGAUUAUGUGUAUCAAGCCUCACAUCCUACAUCCUUCAGGAUGCUGUGGAGGUCCUAGCUCUAUAGCCCCCCAGUGAGGGAAUCUGAAACUUCUAGAAGGGAGGUUCCUUGGGCAUAGGUGGAUGGCAGUUGUGAUUACAAGGGCUCUCUGACCCGCUGGGCAAGAGCCAUGAUGGAUGGGGGGAUUAGGGUUUGUCUAAAGGAGGUUUUCCUGUUGGUGUUACAAAUGCGUUAACAAGGUUCAUGAAAAGUCUGGUAAGCAUAAUCGUACAAAUCCAGAAACUGGUUUUUCUCCCUCCACUCCUGCUCUCAGAAGCAUCAAUUGGCUAAUACGGUGUGUGUCCAUCUCCUCGUGGAACCUCAUGUGAAUAACCAGAGAGGUGGACAGUGGUGUAAAGAGGUCUGGAUGUGUCUCCCCUCCCACCGUCCUAUGACGAGGAAACAACAGGGAAAGUGAAGUGAUGAAGGACAUUUGAUUUGAAGACAGAAGCCAGAAACUCUCACCUGUACCUCCCCACGUGCCAGCUGUGUGAUUCCAGUAUCUGUGGCACAGUCGUCAGCACACCAAGAAAUGAGAAAAAUACCAAGUAAUGGGAAUCUGAAGAUGACGAAGGUGGCAUACCCCCUGGGACUGUUUGUGUGCCUGUUCAUCUAUGUCGCCUACAUCAAAUGGCACUGGGCCUCCGCCACCCAGGCUUUCUUCAGCAUCACCGAGGCGGCUACAGGGCCCUGGAGGGGCCAGCAGGCCCGCAGUCCGCUGGGGACGGCUGCACAUGGUCACGAGGUCUUCUACGGUGUCAUGUUUGACGCAGGAAGCACUGGCACCCGCGUGCACGUCUUCCACUUUACCAGGCGGCCCGGAGAGACUCCUAUCUUGACCCGUGAAACCGUCAAAGCACUGAAGCCAGGUCUUUCUGCUUACGCUGACGACGCUGAAAAGAGCACUCUGGGAAUUCAGGAAUUACUGGAUGUUGCUAAACAAGACAUUCCUUUUAACUUCUGGAAGGCCACCCCCUUGGUCCUCAAGGCCACAGCCGGUUUACGCCUGUUACCAGGAGAAAAGGCUCAGAAAUUACUGCAAAAGGUGAAAGAAGUGUUUAAGGCAUCGCCUUUCUUUGUGGAGGAUGACUGUGUGUCCAUCAUGAACGGAACGGAUGAAGGCGUUGCAGCCUGGAUCACCAUCAACUUCCUGACAGGCAGUUUGAAAACCCCAGGAAGGAGCAGUGUGGGCAUGCUGGAUUUGGGCGGAGGGUCCACUCAGAUCACCUUCCUUCCGAGAGUUGAGGGCACCCUCCAGACCGCCCCGCCUGGCCACCGGACGUCGCUCCAGAUGUUCAACAGAACCUACAAGCUCUAUUCCUACAGCUACCUGGGGCUCGGAUUGAUGUCUGCGCGGCUGGCGAUUCUGGGCGGCAUGGAGGGGACCCCUGCUGAGGAUGGAAAGGAGUUGGUCAGCCCUUGCCUGUCUCCCGGUUUCAGAGGAGAGUGGGAACAUGCUGAAAUAACAUACAGGAUCUCAGGACAGAAGGCAGCAGUGAACCUCCACGAGCUGUGUGCCAGCAGAGUGUCAGAAAUCCUUCGAAGUCAAGUGCACAGGACAUCAGAAGUGAAGGGCGUGGAUUUCUAUGCUUUUUCCUACUACUAUGACCUUGCAGCAAACGUUGGCCUCAUAGAUGCAGAGAAGGGAGGCAGCCUCAUCGUCGGAGACUUUGAGAUUGCAGCCAAGUAUGGUGAGUGGUGGCUGCACUGCCCAGUGUGCCGGACGGCGCAGACCCAGCCACAGAGCAACCCCUUCCUGUGCAUGGAUCUCACCUACGUCAGCUUGCUGCUCCAAGAAUUCGGCUUCCCAGGAAACAAGGUUCUGAAGCUGACUCGGAAAAUCGACAAUGUUGAGACCAGCUGGGCUCUGGGAGCCAUUUUUCAUUACAUCGACUCCCUGAACAGACGGAAGAGUCCGGUCUCCUAGCAGCCGAGCUGCCCUGGCGGUCCUUACAGAAGCGGUUUCAUCUCCAUAACAGACCCCUUUGGGAUCCCUGGACGUGUUAGGAGGAGGCCACAGUUGGGCUGCAACCUCCCUCCCCUUGGCCUUGCAGACCUGCCCUGGAUGGGCAGAGGGUUGGAGCACGGCCCAGGCCCAGUGCCGCCUCCUACGUGUUGGCUCCAGGUGGGCAGUGAACCGGACAAGGCAGAGGGCACACACAAGGCCCGGGCAGCGCAGGCCCGCUGUCCCCCGCUGUCACUGUCUACAGUGUUGAGGCGUCCGUGACAGGCGUCCCUGUGACGGGCACCUUGUUUUGUCUCCCUGCUCCUGUCUCCCCCACCCCCACGGCAGACCUCCACCUUCUCCCCUAGAAUCAGUCAGGAGGUUGCCCAGGCUGUCGUGGCUGCUCUCAGGGUGGGCCGAGUGGGAACCACUGCACCUUCUGGGAGGGGGUUGGGCGGGACACUGAACUCUGGACUUGAGCCUGUUUGUCUCUUCCUUGGGUGUGGAUAUGCGAAGUCAUCCAGAGGCCUGUUUCCUCAGUCCUGGGUGGCUCAGGCUAACUGUUGGCGUGGACACUAGGACUAGGAAGAGGGGCCAGGGAAAAUACCUCUCUGUGGCCUUUGUGUGCCCUGGCUCUUCAAAGAAAGUCUAAACAUGAGCUGAACUGCUGUUAACUGUU